AUGGAUUUCAUCGAAAAACGCCUGCGUCGCGCGCGCUUCGACCGGGCGCUCGUCGACGACGAGGACCCGACCCCGGUGUACACGACGGAACAAUUGGUGGCGCUCGCGAACACGCUUCGAGGCGACGACGCGCGCGACGCGUGCGAACACCUCGCGCGACGCGCCGAGCACGCGAGUCCGCGCGUCGCGAGAAAGGCGCUCAAGUUGAUCGCUCGGUGUUGCGACGGCGCGCGCGAUGGAACGUUCACGCGGGAGAUGUCAAAGCUCUCGACGCGGAUUCGAGCGCUGCAAUCGCGCGUCGGAGCGCCGCAUCCGUCCAAGGGCGAUAGCGAGCACGCGGCGGUGCGCGCGGCGGCGAGAGAGGCGAUGGGGGCGAUAUUCGGUGGUGCGAAGGACGCGGCGUCGUCCGUGAACGGUGGGAUGACGUCGGGGAAGAUUGAGGGAUUCGGCGACGGCUCGACGGUGGGCGCGCGCGCGAUGGGACGCGCGGAGGGACGCGCGAGAGACCACUCGGCGCGUCCCGCGGACGAGACGACGCCCGAUCGAGAACCGAGAGUCGGGAGACUCGAUGCCCCGCUCGAGGCGUCGAUGCGAUCGACGCCAAAGUUGAAUCUAGACGCGAGCGGUUCGGGCGUGAAAUGGAAACCGCUUCGGCCGCCGUCGCCGGAGACGACGCGCUCGGACGCGACGACGGCCGCGCGCGCGACGGCGGUGGAAGACUUGCUCGCGGAUUUCACGUCCACGAGCGCGCCGUCGACGUCACCCGAGCCGAUGACGACGUCGGUGUCGAAGACGACGCACUCGCGGGAUCCGAGCGUCGAAUUCACGCUGGAAGGUUCGGAGGAAAAGGCCGCCGUGGAUAAACUGUGCACGCCCUCCGGCGUACGGCUGUCGCCCGUAGAGAGCGACGUCGUUGAUUUCCUACGCACGGGCGCGCACUUGAACGCGCAGGGCGUCGUCAUCGCGUUGUCCGAACGAUUGGUCGCGUACGCGGGCGGCGACGCGGCGUGGCGAAGCGCCUAUCGCGCCGCCUGCGUUUUGGAGCGCGCCGCGGCGUGCGAAAAGCGUUGGCUCGCCGAUGUCUUUUUACAUUCCUCCGCGAUGGAUCUUCUGGACGCGAUGGCGAACGACGUCAACGCGCACGCGCAGUUGCGAGACAAGGCGCGAAGCGUCGCGGACGCGUUACGUCGAGGCUUUCCGUCCCCGGCGCGCGCCUCCGUCGUCCCCGAGCCGAGCGCGCGUCCGCCCGCGGACGACGUCUUCGCGCAGCUCAGCGACCUAUCCGUGCGCGCACCGCCCGCGCCGCCCGCCGGCGUCGGUCUCGCGACCCUCCGCGCCCGCCCGCCCGAGGCCGAGUCCAAUCGUCUCCCCUCCGCGCCCCCGUUCGAUCGCAUCGACGACCUUUUCAAGUGA